AUGUCGCCCCUGCUGAGCAGCAACAAACGACAGAAAGGAUUGAACGUAAAUCGGCCACACCGAGGUGGAGUUCGCCUCGAUCAUGAACGGCGGAUACUUUUACACUCACCGGUCGUGUGCCAGCUUCUCGUUUGGCAUGGUCCUUGGCGCGGCCACGGGGACGCUCAGCAACCUGGAGGUGGUCGUAGCGCAGGCCUUAAGCAAAAAGUGCUACUUUUGCUCGCGCUAGGGGGUGAGUUUAGUGUGCAAGAUGUCCUGUCCAAAAUUGUUCUACUACCCGUGCAUCGCCGCGGCCGGUGGCUGGUGGCACUACUACGGAACGUGACGUCGAUUACGAAGUGCAGCUGGAAGUGCCGGUGCUGUCGGGUUUGUUUUGGUUGGGGUUCGCGAACGCCAGGAGGGGGCGCUUCGUCGCGAUGGCUACCAGCAGCGGGACAAGGGCUUGUGUCCAAUUUGUCAUCGAGCUUACCAGGCGGCGGCCCACCGGGAUGGUUAAGUGCAGUUGGUGUAACAAGUAUCGUCCAAGCGUCACCCCAUUUGUUGCCGAAAAAACUGACCCAGACACCAAUAUCCACGCCAAAGUCCACUCCAAAACCGGAGGAAAAGAUCAUUCCACUAGCGCUGGAAGGCAAUCACUACGUGGACGGAGUUUGCCUUAGCGAGCACAAUCUGCACCAAAUCAAAUCGCUGCAGGCCGAGUUGGCAAGCGGAAACCAAAGCUACAGCUGCAACCUCUCCCGGCAUUGGACAAGGACGACGGAAUUCUGGUCGCGAUCGAAUCAGCCGUAG